AUGAAAUUAAAUAAAACCUUUGGUGACGUUUUGACACGGGAACCGACUUGAGAGGUUCCGAGUGUAGUUUUGUUGGCCACUGCUAGCAUAGCUGCUGCUUCUCCCACUACAUAAACACCUCAAAUUCAAUCAAUUUUCGCCAAUCACCCAACACCACCACACACACACACACAUAUAUAUAUGUAUAUGUUGGUUAUAUAAUAUGUAAGAAAAAGAACUUGUCCAAUCUCAUCGACUACUUUGUUCAAUAUCCUCGCCAAUGACUUCUCCUACUUCCUCUGUGAUAGGUCGUAUUAUUAGCAUGUUAGUGAUGAUCAGCCUCCUGGUAGCACCUUCUACGGGUAACUUCUACCAAGAUUUCGACAUCAUGUGGGGAGAUGGCCGAGCUAAGAUACUCAACAAUGGAGAACUCCUCACCCUCUCCCUUGACAAAGCCUCGGGGUCAGGCUUCCAAUCCAAGAACCAGUAUCUCUUCGGCAACAUCGACAUGCAGAUCAAGCUUGUUCCCAGAAACUCCGCUGGCACGGUCACUGCCUACUAUAUGCGGUCGGAGGGCAUGGCUUGGGAUGAGAUCGACUUUGAGUUUUUGGGGAACCUUAGUGGUGAACCUUACACCAUCCACACUAAUGUUUUCACUGAGGAAAAAGGCGACAGGGAGCAACAGUUUCACCUGUGGUUUGAUCCAACCGCAGAUUUCCACACCUACUCCGUACUUUGGAACCCCCAACGGAUCAUCUUCUCUGUGGAUGGCACACCCAUUAGAGAGUUCAAGAACUUGGAAUCAAUCGGGGUCCAGUUCCCGAAGGCCCAGCCCAUGAGGAUCCACUCGAGCCUAUGGAACGGGGACGAUUGGGCCACGAGAGGCGGGCUCGUGAAGACUGACUGGGCCCAGGCCCCCUUCACGGCCUCUUAUAGGAACUUCAGGGCAGAGGCUUGUGUUUGGUCUUCCGGUGCAUCCUCUUGCCCCACUUCGUCAUCAAGCUCUUGGCUGUCGCAAGAAUUGGACUCCGCCGGACAGGAGAGUCUCCGCUGGGUCCGGAAGAACCACAUGAUCUACGAUUACUGUGCCGAUACGAAAAGGUUCCCUCGUGGUAUGCCUCCCGAGUGCAAAGUUGCUACAUCUUCCAUGAAUUGCAUUGACAACUCUCAGUGAUGUAUGCAUAUGUGGUCCAAGAUUUACGCAUUUUCCUUUUAUAAUAUAGACUCAAUAAGUUUGUUUGCUUAAUUCAUUUGCAUGAGCAAACAGUUUUUAUCAUAUAUAUAAUGUAAGUGCAACCUAGCUAGCUAGCUAGCUAGAUAUGUUGGUACAAAAUAAUUAAUGAGGUGAAUACAUCCAUCCACUAUUAUA